AUGGGUUUCAGAAGUGGCAGAAAUGGAGAUUACCUCAGGACUAGGAGACCCCUUUUGUGUCAAGGCAAGCCUGGGGGCUGGAGCCUUGCUGGUGUCAUCUCCUGGGUGGGAUGUGCCUGCAGCUGGGGAGGGAGUGAGAAGAACAAACAUUACGAUAGAGGAUCCCUGGGAAUAUUCCCAGACCUCAGCAUGCUGCUGUGCUGUGCUCAGGACGGAAAACUCUGCAGUAGUGAAGGGGAAUUACAUUCUCCUGGGAGGCCUGAACAGUUCUAUCAAAACCAUCAAUUGUGUGUAUGGACUCUAUUUGUGCCAGAAGGGAAUUACACAUGGCUUUGUUUCUCCCCCUUUUUCUGUGACUGUGAUUCUUUAUCAGUAUGUUCAAAGGAUGACAGACUUGUGGGGAAAUUCUGUGGAGGAGAUCUUGCAUUACCUCUUUUGAUUGGCUUCAAUAGCAUCAGGCUGAAAUUUGUUCCUAAUGAUGAGGAUUAUGGAACUAGAUUUUCCAUUACCUACAAAGCUCUUACACCAGAUAUUCUUCCUGGUAAGUUUAAGCCAAAUAAUGUGCAAGAUCAUGCAACAUCAUUGGAUUUUUUCCAUAUGACUUUCAAAACAAGGUUCACUCUUUCAUUUUUAAAUUUAAAGCUUACAUACCAGUCUUUUGAAGUAGAAGAGAGUGAAGAUUGGUCCUAUGAUGCCAUGACUCUGUAUGAAGAUGUGGGAAAAGAAGAGGAAAUUGUUGAGUCUUGUGGAUUUGCCCUACCAGCAUGUGCUCCAAGCUCCUCUGCUGUGAUGCUGGUUGUCUUCCACCCUGAUGAGACAGAGACCUUUGCAGGAUUCAGAGCUACAGUCUCCUUUGUUCAUCUAACAGAUUCAAAUAUUUUGAAUUCAACUAAAGACUAAGAUUUUGAAAACAUGAAUGUUACUAAAGAAGAAAUAAAGGUUAUAACAGAGGAUGCUUGUGGAACGCCUUCAAAUCAGCGCAGGUUCCUCUUCAGGAGGAAAACUGGAGGUGAAGAAGCUGUGCCCUCCUCGUGGCCUUGCACACUUUACAAUCUGCAGCCCAGUGUGCAAAUUGCAGAUGAGCAAAUCUGUGGGGGAGCAGUGCUUGCCCAAGGAUGGGCUGUCACAGCUGCUCGCUUUUUCAAAAUAGUUUUUAAUGCAAAUGCGAUUCCCAAAUUCCCCACGAUGAAGCAAUCCAGCAGCCUGAACGCUGAUCCUAGUCUGCAUUUACACAACAGCUUUUGGUGCCACGGGCUGCUUGACACGGCGGUGUCCGGUCACACUUUGGCCUCGGUGAUCCCAGAGCUCUUUCCCAAUCUCAUCGAUUCUGUGACACCAAGAACGCGGCUCCCGGGGCAGCCUGACCCGCCCGGGCUGACGGCGGAGCGGGGCUCCCCUCACGGCCCGGGACCGGGAGGAGCAACGGGGAGGAGGAACGCGGGGAAGGAUCAGGAGGCGGAACCGGGAGGAGGAACCGGGAGGAGGAAUGCGAGGAAGGAUCAGGAGGCGGAACCGGGAGGAGGAACCCAAAGAAGGAUCAGGAGGCGGAACCGGGAGGAGCAACGCGAGGAAGGAUCAGGAGGCGGAACCGGGAGGAGGAACCGGGAGGAGUAA